ACCCCUUCUUUCAAUCCAUCCUUGGUUUUCUUUUGAGUUUCCUUAUUAAACCUUCAUAUUCGAAAUGGGUUUUCUGGGAAGAGCCGCCUUUAACUUGUUGCAUGCAGCAAUCGGAUUUGCCACUGUUCUUCUCUAUCCACUGUAUGAAACGAAGAGGGCAAUAGAGAAAGCUUCAUUGCGAGAUCAGCAGCAGCAAUGGCUCACAUAUUGGCUUUUGCUUUCUUUUCUGACCAUGAUCGAACUUUAUUUUUCCACCAUCAUAUCGUGGAUUCCGAUUUGGGCUUACAUAAAGAUGGUGGUUUGCUUGUGGCUGAUGCUGCCUAGUUUCAAGGGUGCAGCUUAUGUUUAUGAGAAUAUCGCGAUGAAGUUCAUGACGAUCGAACGCGAGGAGAAACCAGAAUCCGAUCUCGUGAAGGAGAAGGAAGACAGGGAAGACAAAGAAGAGGAGAAGGAAAAGAAAAAGAAAAAGGAGGAGGAGGAAGAAGGUGAUGAGGAGGACGAGCAGAAGAAAAUCUUUCGUGCAUGGAAGUUGGUGGAUGAUUACAUUGAAAAGAAGGGAGCUGAUUCUCUAGAACAGAUUGUCAAAAUUGGUUUAGGCAACUAACACAAACUACCACAAGGAAAUAUGAAGAGGAGCAUGAAUACUAAGAAGCAUGCCAAUGUAUAUGCAUCAUGAUACUCGUACAACUGUUCAAAAUAUUUCUUUUAUAAUGCUUUGUAACAUAUGUUUCCUAAUUACAUGAUCGUAAGAAAUAAAUAUCCAAACAUUAACCCCUUCCCC